AUGGGGAGAGCAGACUUAUGGCUCCUGAAGACCAGGCUGGCACUUUGGGUCAUGUUCCAGGCAGGUCUUUGUUUUGGUGCCGAGAUCCGGAGAACGUGGGUCAUCGGAGGCAAGGAAGUGACACCCCAUUCUCGGCCCUUUAUGGCCUCCAUCCAACAUGAGAACAAACACAUUUGCGGUGGGUUCUUGUUGAGACGAAGAUGGGUGAUGACAGCAGCUCAUUGUGUGAUUCCCAAGCGCUCCUCACAGUUUCGCGUCAUCCUGGGGGCCCAUUCGCUCAAGACUCAGGAGGCCUCCCAGCAAAUCUUUGGCAUCCAGAACUCCAUUGCUCACCCGCUUUUCAAUGCUGAGACAGUGAAAAAUGACAUCCGUUUACUCAAAUUGAACAGAUCCGCCAUUUUCAAUAAGAACGUCCGGAAGAUCAAGUUACCUCACGCCUACACUGAUCUUUGCCCUGGACUCACAUGCCAUGUUCUCGGCUGGGGGGACAUCUCAAAUUAUGCGACCAUCCCCACCAAACUCAUGGAAGCCAACACAACCAUCGUGGACAGGAAGGCUUGUAAUGAAUCGUGGCAAGGACAUGUCUCCAAGAGCAUGGUCUGCGCAGCCAGCACCAAUGCCGUCCUGCGUGGUUUCUGCUCGGGUGACUCAGGUGGCCCCUUAGUGUGUGGGGAAAACGUUCAUGGCAUCGUCUCCUUCAACGGAAAGAGAUGCGGCGAUCGGCAUUUUCCGGAUGUCUAUACCCGCAUUGCCAAUUACAUCCCCUGGAUCCAUUUCGUGCUGCAGACUUUUUGAUUGGUGGUCUUGGAAGGCUGGGGGUGGGGUCUGAGCUGUAGAACUUGGAAUUUUCCACCAAUUUCCCCCACCCUUGAGUCGAGGAUGGGGAGCAGUCAUCUAGCUAUCGCAAUCACCGAACAAUUAAAAAUCCUUGCAGAUCUGGAGCUGAUUAUCCCAACACCCAGCAGACUUUCACAGCUCUUCCUGCAUUACCACAUCCCUUUUUCACAGGCCUUUCCCCUCAUGUUCUUGGGGUUUCAUGCUGUGGGAUGGAGAAGAGGCUUUUUACGGCACAAUUUCAUGUCUUUGGGGGGUGCAUAUUAACAAGGAAUGUUACUGUUCUUCGUUUCAUCUUAAAACCAAAAUU